CAGAACUCUGCAUGAAUUCUUACCAACUCCAUCGUGAGACAUAAUAUGCCAUCAGUUUCAUGAUGGGAAUCCAAGCGCCCUUCCGCCUGUUAAGAUGGCGGUGACAGUGCGGACCUUGGGAGCAAGACGGCGGCGGUAUUUAUAAUGUGUGAGCGUCACUCGGACUCGAGGAAUGCUCUAAGUAUUGUUUGUUCCAAGGGGAUGAUCAUCGACAAGAUGGAUUUAUCGGAUUUAUCCUGUUGACAACAACUUCUGAAUAUCUGAACAUAUGUGAUUAUACAAAGAGAGGAGAAAAGUGGUUCCUGCCAUUGUCAUUAUUGUCACUCAUUCCGGAUAUUCUCGUGACAUCACUGUCUUCCAUCCGCCUUCUUUGCCCUUUCAGUACUGCUACUGCUACUGCUACUGCUACUGCUACUGCUAUUGCUCCUUCACCCUCAGCCCAUCAUGGCUGCCAAUAAUGACCUCCGAGGAUGGCUGAUGAGCGGGGUCUCUGGCAUAGCCUGUGUCCUUGGUUCGUCCCUCAUCUGCAUCGAUGUUAUACUGCGGCGAUUCUCUCGUCGCAAGAACUUCCAAAUUGUCAACAGCAAUGGCUUCUUAUCAGCCUCUCUAUGCUUGAGCGCCGGUGUUAUGCUCUUUACCUCCCUCUAUAGCAUGCUCCCCACCUCGAAGGAAUACCUCACUCGUGCUGGAUUCUCGCCCCGCACGGCGGCCUACACUCUGAUCGGACUCUUUCUGACUGGCGUGAUUGUUAUUCGACUUGUUUCUGCUUUCAUUCACCAGCAUAUUCCCUCUCAUGUCGUCGAUUGCGCCCAUACUCACCAACCAAAAACCCAAGAUCCCGAACGCGGCGACCUUGGACGGCAAGAACAGCCGGCGUCCGCUCUGCGCCAGGCAAAUGGCUCUACCGAACGGACGCCUCUCCUGUUACAAUCAACGUCGCCUUCUCGCAAGUCCAUGCCGGGUGCCGUUGAGCGACCGGCGCUCGAACCUCUGCGGUCCCGGUUGACUCGUCGCAUCAAUCAGCUCAUGGGUGGCGUCAAACCCCGCUGUGACGAAUACGGCCCGUGCUAUGGUUUCUCGCAGACGUGCGGUCUUGAAUGUUCCAAGAUUCUCACUAACACACAGAUGAUUAGCGUCGUCGAGGAGAUAUCUCGGCCUUCCUUAACCACGCAUCACAGCAUUGGUGUCCAGCUGGACUCGGAACGCGCAGGAUCUGCUGAAGGUGCUGGCCCAGGGUUGCUCGCCCAGUCGCAUGAUUCGAUAGAAGCCUUCUCGGGACCAUUGGAUGCCGGUAACUCCCAGGAAGACCAAAGCGGCGCAUCCUCCUUGCGGACAGGUCUUGAAGUCUAUUCCCACAAAUCUCCAGAAGACCAAAACGAUUCGACCAAAGCUCCACGGCCCACAUCGGCGCAACACCACCACCACGUCCCCCAGAAUGCCUUUCUCUCUAUCGGACUCCAGACUUCGUUGGCUAUUGCCCUCCAUAAGCUCCCAGAGGGCUUCAUCACAUACGCUACCAAUCACGCCAGCCCCACGCUCGGCAUGACCGUCUUCGUUGCCCUCUUCAUCCACAAUAUCAGCGAAGGCUUCGCCAUGGCCCUGCCGCUCUAUCUCGCGCUCAAUUCCCGCUGGAAAGCCAUGUUCUGGUCCAGCUUACUUGGCGGAAUCAGCCAGCCCGCCGGCGCCGCCCUCGCCGCUCUUUGGAUCUGGGGCGCACAGAAAGCCGGCCACCACGAUGAGACUACCGGGCCCUCUUGGGGUGUUUAUGGUGGCAUGUUCGCUGCCACCGCCGGCAUCAUGACCUCCGUUGGCCUGCAGCUUUUCAGUGAAGGGCUGGGAUUGACGCAUCAUCGCGGGUUCGGGGUUGGAUUCGCCAUCGCUGGGAUGGGGUUAAUGGGGCUGAGUUUUGCGCUGACUGCGUGAGUCUACUCCGUACUUUCGGGUUUAUUAAGGCGUUGAGGUUCAAUCUCUUUUCCUUCAAAAGUAAAUGUCCGUUGUGCAUUGUGCAUGGUUGCACCGGGGAGGUUGCAUCAGUAUAAAUCGGGGUAUAUGAAAAUAGGGCGGGUAUUGUUAUUAUUGUUUUCCUGACGACUGUCUAUCUGCAUUACGAGUUACGACUGUUUUGAUUUAUCAAUGGUUAGUGUAUUAUAGAGCAUGCGUAAUUAUAUACAGUCUAAUCAUGCUU